AUGACGACAGAGCCAGGUGAGCCACACGAGGCCCCGUCCAAAGAGGCAGAGUUUUUCCCUGAAGCCGCCGCCCACUCCACGCCAAAACAGGGAGGCGGGCCGUCCCAGAGCCGAGCUCACAGCUCAUUGGCCGAGGAUUCGACGAGUCACCUGUCGUCGGGCAGCCGGAUCGCCGGCUCUCCGGCCAGAAACCCGCUGAGCUUUAGGACCACACAGACGAGGGUGUCCCUGCUGGACGGCUCGCUGUUCACCUGCACUGUGGAGAAGCGUUCCCGUGGAGCCGUCCUGUUCCAGAAGGUUUGUGACCACCUGAACCUCCUGGAGAGAGACUACUUCAGCCUGGGCUACAGGGACGCCCACAGCCACCAGAACUGGUUGGAUCCAGCAAAGGAGAUGAAGAAGCAGGUCAGAGGUGUUCCCUGGAACUUCUCCUUUAACGUCAAGUUCUACCCGCGGGACCCCGCCCAGCUGCGUGAGGACAUCAGCAGGUACUUUCUGUGUCUGCAGCUCCGGCAGGACGUGGCGUCUGGACGCCUCCCGUGUUCCCCGGCAACACACGCCGUGCUCAGCGCCUACGCCGUCCAAUCAGAGCUCGGGGACUACGACGCUGCCUCCAGCGCCGUGUCUCACCACUUUGUCGCUGUCUCUCAGGUGCAUCACCAUGACGACAGAGCCAGUAGUGGAUCAGAGGCCAUCAUGCUGGGCGUGUGCAGUAGUGGUCUUCUGGUCUACAGAGACAGACUGAGGAUCAACAGAUUCUCGUGGCCGAAGAUCCUGAAGAUCUCGUACAAGAGGAACAACUUCUACAUCAAGAUCCGCCCUGGAGAGUUUGAUCAGUUUCAGUCGACUAUUGGUUUCCAGCUGCUGAACCACCGAUCAGCGAAGCGCCUGUGGAAGGUGUGCGUGGAGCACCACUCGUUCUUCAGGCUGAUGUCUCCGGAGGAGACCCCAAAGAAGUUCCUCUCUCUGGGCUCAAAGUUCCGCUACAGCGGCCGGACUCAGACCCAGAGCCGCAGGGCCAGCGCUCAGAUCGCCAGGCCGGCGCCCAACUUCCCACGAUGCAUCAGCAGGAGGACCCUCCUGAGCCGCAGCCUGGACGGAGCUCCGAGGACCACGCCCACUUCCUCUCUGAUUGGCUCUCCAGCCAUUACAACGUCCCCGAAAGCAAACGGUGGUACACACACAGAUAUAGGGCUGUACGGAGCGUCUACAGCUGUCAGUGACCUCAUCACCAUGGAGACGCCUGAGAGGUCGAUGGCUGAGAGGGGGGCGGAGUCAGUCGAGGAGGUGCUGGUGGUGGAACAGGUGCAGCAGCAGGAGGAGGAGGAGGAGGAGGAGACCAGAGCAACAGAGAACUCUCAGCGGAGUCCUCCUUCUCCUCAGAAGCAGGAAACCAAGACGGAGCUCUCUGAUGCCGCUCUGGAUGGAGACCUGUCUGCCACGGAGUCGGAUCAGGAUGAGUUGAGGACGUUGGGGAGUCCGGAGGAGGAGCAGGAGGAGCAGGAGGAGCAGCAGAGGCCUCAGACCACCAUCAGCGAUCUGCGGCGCUCCUUCUUGGAGCGAGGGGGGGGAGGGGGGGGGCUGACCGAGUGGGACAAGCGCCUCGCCUCCUCCCCCCUCCGGCGAGGAGACGACGCCCCCAUGAUCGAACCUCUGGAACCAGACGAGAGCUGCAUGGACUCAGGUCCAUCUGCAGGUUUUCUGCUGAGCUCCCAGACCUUCAAAGCCGAGACCUCCACCACCAAAACCACCACACACAUCACCAAGACCGUUAAAGGAGGAAUGUCGGAAACCAGAAUCGAGAAGAGAAUCGUGAUUUCUGGAGACACAGAAAUCGACCACGACCAGGACUGAAGAGACGCCCCGCUGCAUUCUGGGAGCUGGAGUCCAGACGGGAGAGACAACUGUCGGCACUGUUAUCAGACACCCAGUGGACGUUAAUGGAACUGAGGAGACACACACACACACACCUGUCUGUCUCACAGUGGGCGGGGCCAGAGAGUUUAGCCUUAGUUCAAUAGUUUAGAUCUAGUAGAAAGCUUUUCAGUCAAAUUUAAGAUAUGUAUACGACAGACAGGCAGGUGACAGACACAGAGAGACAGACAGGCAGAGCUGGUGAUGCCAAUCAACGUGUUCCCAUGGCAACCAAAGCAGUCAACUUCAGAUGAACUUCCACCAUGAUAGACCCAACCGUCAAGCCCCGCCCCCAGACACAGCAGACCUCUGAUUGGUUGACUCCUGACUCAAUGAUCUAAUGUAACGCAUGAUCUCAGCCCUGUAACCUGGGUAGCAGCAAACAGCUGCUCUCUAUUUACCCAUAAUGCAAUAGUAACGUGCCAUUCUUUCAUCUCGCCAUGGAAACCGUGUUAUGAAUUAUUUAUUCACUGUCCAAGUAUUUAUUGAUCUGUAUUUGAAUGUAACCCCAAACUGACCAGGUAUCACUGUACACCUGGCCACGCCCCCAGGUAUCACUGUACACCUGGCCACGCCCCCAGGUAUCACUGCACACCUGGCCACGCCCCCAGGUGUCUUUAACUUAACUCAAUAAAAUAAUGA